AUGGACGAUAUCGUACAUCUCAAUCAGGACCAUCAGAUACUUAUCUGCCGGCUCUGUCAGUCAGCCGUCCGACCCGGCAACAGCAUUGAGUUACAUUUCCGGCGACAGCAUCAGCUUAAAGGUCAACUGCUAAAGGAUAUUAAAGACUACUACAGCACACUUGAGCUAGCUGACCCGAAGCUGGCUGCAACGCCCGAAGAUAACAGUCAGGCAAUUGAACAGCUUACCAUCUCAAAGGGGUACAGCUGCAAUGCAUGUCGAUAUCUUACCAUUGCACAAGAUAAUGCCGUCCGUCAUUGGCGAGAGGCAGGGCAUAGUAUAUCAGCAGUGGUAGCAGCAGAUGAGGCGCGAUGGACCGAGGUACAGCUACAGACGUGGAUAGGAGGAAAGCAUGCCCGCUACUGGAUCGUUCGGGACGACGGCGACAGUAACGGCUCGUCCAAUGUAGUCAAUGCAGAUGAUGCUACAAGUCGGAGCGCCAUGGAUGAGGUUAUUUCUGCAAGCCAGGCUCGAUUGGAAGAGGAAGAUGCUGUACGACUACGGAAGGGUGACUUGAAAGAAGAGAUCGACCGUGACUCGCCGUGGGUCAAGAGGCUAUGCUGGGUACGGCUCUUUGGCUCCCGGGACUUGAUCAGCAUUCACGACGCAGCCCAGUGGCUACGGGCGAGGGCAGCAAUGGGCAGACGGACUGCGGCACAAGACGAGGAAGAAACAAUCCGUGAAAGAUUAUUGCUUGGCCGGCUUGGACAGAGCUUUGAUCGUGAGGUGGAACGUUGCUGCUGGCGACUUGACAGCGUGCCGACCGAGACGCUGCAGUGGCUCGCUAGCAUUUCGCCGACAGCUGCAUCCGGUCAACCGUUCGGCCGCAAAGGCAAGGAGGCAUCGAUGAUUAAAUACAAGUCUGUCGGUCACCGCUACUUGAGUUUCUGCUGGAAGGCAUAUCGUAUCGGUCGUAAGGAAGCGCUUGAGCGCUGGGCCGUUCGCUUUACGGAUGAGCAGUGGAGUCUGCUACAGGAUAUUGCAGACGAGCUUGAAACAGACCGGGUUCCAACCAGUCACGACAGCAGGUUCUUUAGCGGCCGAGAGAGACAAGCUAAGGAUCAAGACGAAGACGAAGAUGGAGACAAGGGCGAAUAUCAGGAUGACGGUGAUAGUGACGACGGCGAUCAGGGGGAUGAAGGUAUGACUGGCCCGCUGCAGGAUCCGCUAGACCGAGCCGUAUUCCGGUUUAUUGUGGCUUCGAUUAAAACUCGCGUCGGCGGAAAUGUAUACACGAAUUCGUUGCUGUGCUUCUGUGCAGCACUAGGUAUUAACCGAUACCCACUAGGCUAUUUGGAGCCGCAUUUAUAUACUGGUAUGCUAGCUGGUAUACUAUGGUGGGCCCGGCUGUUCUUUUUGGAAGCGGUAUUUGAGAAUCAGCCGGUAGAUCAGGAUGAGGUUGGGGUAGAGGCCGUAUUAACAUUUCGGGAGGAACAUACAUCAUAG